AUGCCUGUGCUUGGAACAUGGCGUGGACUUGAGCGCAUAGCUGAAGAGGCGUAUGGACCAUACAAAGUUCUCAACACCCUCAAAGACACCCACAUGUCAGCAGCACAAUUUGCUGUGCUCAUCGAGAUCAUCGCCAGAUUCGCACCCAUGUACACACCAAUGUACGAGUGUUUGUGGUUCACCUUACUGUUCUUCUCCGUGGUCAGGGACGAAACAGGUAGUAAAGAAUAUCCCUCCAAGGAUAUAGAUGAGCGGGGCAAGCAAUUAGGCAUGAUACAGGCUUCGCCUGAUCCUCGUGGUGAUGAGGAGACAGUGAAGUAUCACUAUCGUCGGAGGAUUGCUCAACUCUGA